CCCAUAAAAUAUUGUGCCCUGUUAAUAAGUCCCGUUUGUGUAUUGUAUUUACACAUUUCCAAAACGUGGUAUUUUUCUUUGUUCGCCUAUAUAAGAGUCGUUACAAGCUGAGCAAAGUCAGUCUGUGAGACAAUCGCGACCGAGGUACACGUAGCCGAAGCUCUGUCGGAGACACUGCACCGUAACACUGACGUGAUUACUCCAGUACUAACUUACACGCACGCAUCCAGAACAACUAAUUGAAAGAAAUGGCAGACCAACAAAGGAACGAUGAAGAUCUACUCGCCAACUACUUGGGGCUGCUGGAUCUCACCGAGCUUGAGGAAGCUCAAAUCGUUCCAACUGAUAAUAAUCCUUCCUUCGCCAUGGAUUGGCUGCCUCCAAAACUAGUUUCCAAGCAAUUUACAGCACAUGUAGCACAUAUAGACGACGAGGGUAUAGUUUCCUUAUAUGACAUUGAUCUAAAAAACGUACGGGAACAUAUACGAAAAUCAAUAACCGCAAUAUUGAAUGCAGGUUUUGAAGGCCCUGACCCAAAAGCAAUGUUUACAGAAUGGAAGGCAGGACAACCAUGCGUAGUACUACACGUUGAUGAAGGGCCCUAUAGAGGGCGAGUGGUUGAAGUAGAUCAAGGAAGUGCGACAUGUCUCAUGCAUUACAUAGACUACGGCUAUGUAGAGCCAUGUCUCUUGAAAAAUAUGAGAAAUAUUGUUCCGCUCCGCCACGUUCCACCGCAAUCAUAUACCUGCAAGUUAAAUCGGAUACGUCCCGUAGGAAAGAAAUGGGACACAGAUACGUUAGACUUCAUGCGCAGAUCUCUUAUUCACAAAGAAUGCUAUGUCAGAGUGCCAGGUGAUGAAGUGAACGGCGUUCUACCAAUAGAACUGAGGUACGAGUCUUUGUGGGUAAAUGAUUACUUAGUAGAUGUUCAAAGGGCUGAAUAUGAAGAUAGUUGGAAGAUUGACAACUCUACAACUACUGGCAACUUUCCUACGUACCCCAAAUUUUAUGGUAAUGAAUUUAUGUGCUUUAUAGAUUAUCUUAGUAGUAUUAACACAUUGCCACUGAAGAUUCUAUUUAAAGAUGAAGCUGUCGCAGAGCUUUAUAAUGAUAUGUCCUUUGAUAUCCAGUAUGAAGUUGUGAAUAUGUCACCGCUGGAUGGAAUAUUUGAGAAUAAAGCGUGUGUUGCACUAUGCCCAGAGAACUAUAAUUGGUACCGGGCAUCGAUUCUGCAAUAUAACAAAACGAAAGGACUCGUUAGAAUUAGGUAUGUAGAUCAUGGUGACACUGAUGUAAUCCCUGUAGCUGACAUUCGAGAACUUAGUACAAAGUGGCUCAAGCAUCCUCCUACCAAUUUCUCUGCCAAAUUGUUUGGCAUACAUUUGAACCGCGAUAAAUAUAUAAAUGUUGUAGCACAACAGUGCAUUGAACAUUUGCAGUGUAGAGUACUUUUAAUAGUUAAUAUUUUGGGUUACGAAGGUACAGUGCCGUUGGUAGAUGUAAGAUAUUCAAGUGGAGAUUGGGUACCUGCAGCACUUGUAAAACAAGAUAUUUUCUUGAAUCGCACAGUAAGUGUCGUGAGGCAUACGUCAUUACUCAAGAAUAACUUUGCUCUCACUCGUGUUGUAAAAGGAUUAUUUUAAUUUAACCAAUAUUUUCCCGCCACAGCCUCGCGAAGUACCCAUUAGGUAUAACUUAGUCAACAUAUUAUACAAAUUGUGACGGUCCAUCAGGUACCCCUAAAAAUAUAAACAAAAAUAUCUCAAUAUUUGUAACUGUCAACCUUCCAAUGAGCUACAUGUUAGGCCAUUCAUCUUAUAUUUUAUCAGAAACAGACUUAUAGGAUAACUAAUGGGCAAUUGAGUUGUAACUUGUUAAAUUACCUUAAGGGUGAAGACCAUUGGGCGCACAACAAAAUACAAAACGCCACAUCUGGUUGCAAUCAUGCUGACCUACGAAAGGUUCCUAGACACAUUUAGGAUAUUGCACAAAAAGCGAGGAGAUGUUACAAAUGUUAUGGAACCGAUAGGGCACUUACUCUUGGACUACGGAGACGGACGGUUGUCUAGGAUAGACUAAAAUUUCCGGAGCUGCGGACAACGUAACAGGUUACCGGGGCUCCGGCUCGAAGCGGGAGAAGGAACGGGGUGGUUUUUAGUCAGUAAGAGUCUGACACUCCUUCCCGCCUCACCCAAGGCGGGAGAAGUCAUUGGAUGAUUUUCCCCCCUCAAAAAAAUAAAAUAGACUAGAAUUGGUUCCUUAGAACCCAGUUGUCCUAAGUAAAUUCAGUGUGUAGUGUGGAAGUUUGGUGAGUAGCAGUGUGAAAGCAGCGAACGGGUAUGUGAAUGGGGUUUUAUUAUAGGCUAAGGUUUUAUCCCAUCUCUGCCUCUAUUCCUUUUAACUGGAGUCGGAACAAUACUUUCUACUGUACUAACUUUUUGUACGUGCACUUCUGGGAUUUGCUUUAAAUGCUUAUGCGAGUGCGAGAAGGACUGUAGGAUGGAUAUACAUGUCUCGUCUUAACCAAUCAUCGCUAUUGCGGCAUGUACCUAUCUAAACUCUUCGACGACAUAUACUAUGGUGGGCGAGGCACACGUUUUAGAUAUGGGGUUCGCGUUGAGGAGGUACAUACGCAAGACCAACAGUUGUUUGUAUUAUUCCUUUGCAUGUCCGGAGUGUGCUCCUGCGAGUGCACUGCCUUCAUCCUUUCUGUGUCCCAUUUCAUCCUUUGUAUUUGCUUUUGGUAGAACACAUAAAUAACAUAACGAACAAGUUAUUAUGUUAUUUAUUAGGAAUUCAUUAAAUAUCCCGUGAACAGAAUUGAGCGCAUGGAGGGACAUUAAACAGGAUCACAACUGCCCGUGGAGUAGGCCUACUGGGGAAACCACGUUAAAAAAAACGCGCUAAGUACACUACCUCAUAGGUGGCGUGGAAACGUGUGCAUAUUAUGUCGACAACAACUUUUAUAACUAUUUGAAUCGUUAUAUGUCAGAAACGGUGGCUCGUAAGGAAAAAAGUAUUGAUACAUUUUUUAUAGAUAAUUUUAUGAUCUACAAUUUUUGUCGGAGGUACUUUUAUGAUAAAACUUACCGUUUUGCUGAAAAUCGCGAAAAACUUAUUUCUU